AUGAACUUAGAUGGGGACUGCAGCAUGUCAGUCAGUUGUGGCAAUGGCAAACUCAGACAGUGGCUGAUCGAUCAGAUUGACAGUGGGGAGUAUCCCGGCUUGGUUUGGGAGAAUGACGAGAAAACCAUUUUCAGGAUACCGUGGAAACACGCGGGCAAGCAGGACUAUAAUCGCGAGGAGGAUGCCGCGCUAUUUAAGGCUUGGGCACUGUUCAAAGGGAAAUACAGAGAGGGCGUUGAUAAACCAGACCCCCCAACAUGGAAGACAAGACUACGCUGUGCCCUCAACAAAAGCAAUGACUUUGAUGAAUUGGUGGAAAGGAGCCAGCUGGACAUAUCGGAUCCCUACAAAGUAUACCGCAUCAUACCAGAAGGUGCAAAAAGAGGUGCCAAGGCAAACAAUGUGGAGGAGAACAUGGCACACGUGAGCUCCUCUGUCUACUCCAUGCAUUCUCCAUACUCAUCUCUACAGCCUCAGAUGCCCAGCUACGUGUUGCCCCCUGAGAGGCGGGACUGGAGGGACUAUGGGCAGGAGCAGAACCACCAUCCCCAGCCCUCACACGCGGACCUCCAGUACGGCCAGUGCCCUUACCCUCCCCCACGCUCCCUGCCCUGGCAUGCGCCACCCUGUGAUAAUGGUUACCAGAUAUCUGGAACAUUCUGCACCUACUCACCCACGGAGCCCCAUGCCACAGCAGUGGAUCCCAACAUGAGAUCAGCUGAUCCCAUAUCUGACUGCCGUCUGCACGUGUCACUGUUCUACCGGGAUUCUCUCGUGAAGGAGGUGACCACAACCAGUCCAGAGGGCUGCCGCAUCUCCUCUGCUCCGUCCUCGCCUCCAUCGCCCUCCUCCCCAUGCUCAGACGAAAGGCUUUACGGAGGAGCGGAGCCCGUACUCUUCCCCUUCCCUUACCCCCAAUCCCAGAGGAGGGGGGCGGAGAAACUGCCCAACAUUCUGGAGCGUGGUGUGCUGUUGUGGCUGCUAGCGGACGGUCUGUAUGCCAAACGGCUGUGCCAAGGUCGCGUGUACUGGGAAGGCCCGCUGGCUCCGUACUCCGACAAGCCCAACAAACUGGAGAAGGAGCAGACCUGCAAGCUCUUUGACACCCAACAGUUCCUCUCAGAGUUACAGGGUUACAUCCAUCACGGGCGGCCCAUGCCCAGAUACCACGUGGUUCUGUGUUUUGGUGAUGAGUACCCUGAUCCUCAGCGCCAAAGCAAGAUGAUUACUGCCCAGGUGGAGCCACUGUUUGCCCGACAGCUCCUGUACUUCGCUGGACAGCCAAACAGUCACUAUCUCCGUGGUUAUGAAAUCCCCAGCCAAGCGCCUCUGCCUGCAGAAGAUUAUCAGAGAGCCCUCUAA